UCUAUCUUAAGAAAUCUCACACCACGGGGUCAAGGGGUGCUCCUCGACCCAGGCCUCGCCCCAGCAUGACCCCGAGACAUGACACACGACAAAGAACACAAGAUCAUGUCGCAAGGUGGGGACACACUUGAAGUCAGCAUAAUGCUCAGCGGGGAGAGGAGCGUCAGGUUCCUCCUACUGAUAAUUUUGCUCCUGCAGCACAUGAGCGGAACUCAGGCACAAGCCAACAGAUGUGACACGCCCGUGGGCCUCCAGGACGGCACUAUCCCUGACGCCAACAUCACCUCCUCAGUGGCGGGCAGCUUCCCCGAGAGGGUGCGGCUAGGUGGUGAUGCAGCGUGGUGUUUCACUGUGAGCGGUGGCGCCGUCAUAACCCUCACCGUGGACCUGGGCACGACGAGGCUGGUGUCAGGAGUGAUGGUGCAAGGGCCGCCCGCCUCCCUCUACCCUAUCACCUACCAUUACGCCAUUGGGUUCUGGAUUCUGAACAGCACAGUGGACGCCACGGGCCCUUGGGGCAUCUGCUGCGGAGACAACUUCUUUGCCAGGGAUGAAUAUGAGGAGGCGGAAGUUACUCAGGUGCAUCCACUGGAGUCUCUGGUCCUGGCGCGGUAUCUCCGUCUGCAGUUCAGGACUGAUGUCCUCUCCAUCGGCAAUGACACCAAAUGCCUUCGCCUGGAGAUACUUGGAUGUCCAACAGACAUGGAGCCCGACAGUGGGGUAGGACUGACCGCAGAGAGAAGUGGGUGGGUGGUUAUGUCGUGGCGACCGCCGGUGGUACAGCUGCCACAAGUGGAUGGUUCCCUUGCGCCCUUCACCCUCACCACAACUGACUAUCAGGUGAGCGUAUCGAGGACCGGAGGCGGAGAGCCGGACAUGGCGUGGGAGGCGAAUGUGAAGGCUUUGCGCUACGUGUUGCCGUUGCCGUUGUGGGGUGCCACGUACUCGGCGACGGUGGUGUGCGUGCAUCAGGGCCGCCAGAUCGGGUGUGGCGCUGCCUCCCUCACCGCCGUCCUCGAUUCCUGCGACACGUGCAUUGAGGAUGAGGUGCUGUUCCGGAGACCGACUGUGGCACGUGCUUGUGUGGCGCGAGACGGCGAGGUGGAACUCACGUGGGUCAUGGACACCCGGGGCUGGGUGACCCGCCGACUCGAUCUUCUGUUGCUUUCACGGGAUGGCACGCAGAUUGACCAGCGGAGCCUCACCAGCCAGGACGUGAGUGGCCGCGUGACUGGAGUGACAGCCGGCAACUCCUACACUGUCAGCUUCUGUCCCAUGUCAGAUUCACAAAAACUGGCAGAAUUUUUUUACGAUUUACACACAAUUUCAUGGGAAAAUGUGGAAGGAGCAACACAAACUACAGGUUAUGGCGCCUUCCUCGCUGACGUGAGUUUGUCCGCUGACGUGCUGUGGAAUGGUACACUGAAGCUCACCUGGCUGUCAGCCCAGGUGUGUGAUAUGACAUCAGAGAGCGCAGCACAGCCUACGAUGGCUGCUGUGCCACAACCCACGCAAACUACACAAGUGAUUCAAACCACACAGUCCAGCCAGACCAAAGAUGUUCCUCAAGCCACAGACACCACUGCAGGUGUCCUCCAAGCCGCAGAUACCACCACUACAACCACCAGUAUUCCCCAAGCCACAGACACCACCUCCAUCACAAGCAUUUCCCAAGCCACAGACAGAACAGCAACAACUCAAGCCACCCAGACACCGGAAGGUGCAAACAACAAUGGAAGUGCUGCGACUGACGUUCCCUCUUUGACGGACAAUGUUUCGCCUUCAGAGGCAGUAUUCACACCCCCAACGCGUCAACCCACAACCUUACCACAGCAAACACCGUCACUGGUGCCUGACAUCCCGCUCCUGGCGCCAGGAUCUCCAUCCCCCACAACUGAUGCCCCUACACUGCCGCCCCCGACAGGCACAGUUGUUACUGCCGUCACUUACACCCUAAACAUCACUUACAACAAUGAGCAAGCGAGCGAGACAGUGCAGCAGGGUGAGGGCAGCACACCGGGCGAGCAAGUGAUGCGCGUGUUCAUGACACUUCUGAGCUUCCAAACUCUCUAUACAGUCAGCGUCGUGUGCAACUUCGGCAGUAUCUCCUUAGAGUGUGGCACAAGGAGCACCUUUACAGAUUUACCUCUCCACAUCGUGCGAGUGGAAGGGCAGGAUGUGGUGCAUGUGUUGGCUGAUGGCCGUGCAGGAUGGGCACAACAAGAGGCGAGGUGCAGGAGAGGAGAUGGUAACUUAGUUUCCUUGUCCACAAGGGAAGAGGAAGCUUUGCUGAUGAGAUCUCUAACUAGAGACCCCAGCCGACAACCCAACAAUUUUUGGCUAGGCCUGAACCUAUGCCAGACCUACACAGGAACACGAUGGAGUGACGGGUCGGUGUGGAGAGACAUCUGGAGAGUGUACAAUCCCGACAGCCAGUUGUCCAGCACCACGUGCUGCAUCAAGGCAGCCUGGACCAUGAACCAGUACAGCUGGAUCGGGGAGGCGUGUGAUGCCCUCCUCCCUGCAGUCUGCGAGUACCGACCAAAUGGUCUGAUGGGGAGAGUGGCAUUGCUGGAGCAGGCCACAGCCAACACCACCCAGGCAGGGGUCACAUGGACCUAUGAACCCAACUUUUGGACGCCCACUUCUUUCCAGAUCUCCUAUUGUCCCUUUAGGAACCUUGAGAAUGUCGUCACAGAUUCCGGAAAUGCUUCUGACACAUGCCUGACAUCCGACCUCGAUGCAGAGGCAAGAGAGCAUCAGCAGGAUGACUUGGAGCCUUUCACCGAAUACCAAGUUACUGUGGCACCUUCCUUUAUGCAGCUCAACUAUACCAGCGGAGCAGCCAUCACCUACAUCCGCACUUUUCCAGAGAAUCCCUUGCUGGUGAGGGUGGACAGCGCGGGAUUCGUCAAUAUAAUGUAUGCCCUAAAGGUGUCAGAAUUUAGUGGUGAAGAAGAAAUCAGUGUGAGACUGGCCAUCACCAACCCUUAUGCUGUGGUGGCACAGAGGAGAGUGCCUGCCUCGGGUGUACGCUUUGGUGGCAUCCAGCUGGGUGUCAACUAUACUGUUAGUGUGCGGGAGGUGCAACCUUUGCGACGCAGGGAGGCACUCACACUGCUGGCAUACCCUCCAUGUGCAUGUGAGGGUUGUCAACUUGAUGUGUCAUGCUUUGUGACCACGGAGACACCAGCAAACACUGAGCAGGCUGUGAGGGACUGCCAGCAGCAGGGAGCAUCCAUGACCACUAUCAACUUGCCCAGAGAGCUACGGCAAGUGUUACAAAUGGCCAUGGAUGUUGGUGAUGACCUGUGGGUGCAGCCUUCAUCCACCAGAAUCAGAGCUGCAGGAGACUCACUUCUGGGAAUAACACUAAAUAACAUACAGUGGAUUGAAGUAAGGACCAACCAGUCUCAGGAAUCCUCAGACUGCUUGGUUGUGUCUCGAGAGGCACGAGGAGUGGUGCAAGAGGACUGCAACAUAGUCCAUCUUGCUGCCUGCAGCUACACAGCUUUUGUUGCACAACCCUUUGUCAAUAUCAACACGGAGGUGGGGCCCACUUCAGCGUCAGUGACAUGGGAUGCCAGCGCUUCUGGCUGGAUAACACAGCAGAUCUCUGUCACAUAUAAGAAGACAGAUGAGCGCACCCUCAGGUGGAUGGCUGCCACUUCACAGCCAGUGGUGAUUAAUGACCUGCAGCCAGACACAGGAUACACCCUGGUGCUGGAGGCAGACCUGGGCAGCAAUGUCCUGGUCACCUCAGAGGAGUUCACAAUAUUCACCACCAAUGACACCACAGGAAAACUUGUCUCUCCGCUGCUUUUGGGCAUGUCACCAAUGCUGCAGUACCAAGCACUGCAGCUGGUAUGUAACUCCCUCCUGGUGGCCGCUUGCAUCAUUACCAUGCUCUUCUUCUUCGCUACAGGGAUGUUCUACCAGGACUGUGUGGCUCAGUUGGGAUUCGAGUCAGCACUGAUGGUAGCCUAUCUUGUGUUGAUGAUCGUCUAUCCAACCUCAGCACAGACAAACAGUGAGACUGCCUGCAUUGGGGUAGCAGUGGCUCUUCACUUCCUCUUCUUGUGUGCCUUCACAUUCCUGAUGUUGGAAGCACUCACAAUUGCCCAUCUGUUGGUUAUCUACAUCAAGAGUCCAUUCCAGAGAUCAAACUGGGUGAUGGUGGUGGCAGGUGUAUCACUGCCUCUCCUGGUGGUAGCCUUCACAGCAGGAUUUGGCUCCCAAGAGUACCCUGAUUUAAGUGUUGGAAACUGUUGGGUCAACCCUAAUGGGAGUGCAAUGUGGGGAGAGGUGGUGCCUAUCUGCCUCCUGGUGGCAGCCACCAUCUUCCUGUUGGGCAACACCUUUUUUACGCAGCAGACACCACCUGAGCUGGCUGAGGAGGACCAUCGUGGCAGACAAUGCGACAGCCACAAGCUGAGAUGGGUGGUGCUUGCCCUGUGUGUGGAGCUACUGGUGGCUUGGUCCUUUGGGGUGGCUGCCAACCAGUCAGGAGACCAGGGCACCUACGUGUUUUUCUGUGUCAUGACCCUGGUGCUCGCCACCACCAUUGUAGGUGCCAGGACCUCCUUUGAUGACACGUUCCGCAGCAAGAUGCAUCGCCUGUGCUGUGGCACAGAGCUUACAUACAAACGCAGUGAGAUUCUGAGCAUCAGUGCACGCUCCCGCAUCACUCCAACGCGCAAGCCAGAGGACGUGUCCAGGGUGAUCACACCAGUGGGAAGCAAACCAGGCUACAGUAAGCAAGUAAGCAGCAGAUCCUCCUCUUCAGCCGACACACACUCAUCAAGGUUGGGGCAGAUGUCUCCAGCUAAUGAAAGAGUCUGUUCCUCCCAUGGGCACCUCACCCCCUCAGAGGGCAUGUCCACCCCACAACAAGGCAGAGCGAUUCCCGCACAGGGUAUAACCAUCUUCACAAUAAAAAGCAACAGGCCCCAGCAGUGUAACAUUUCUCAAAUCACCAUCAGAUUCACAUCUUCCCACAGCACCAGCAUUACUACUGGCAGCAGCUGGUACACUAGCAGUGAGGAGCGGACAAGCCAGGUCACUGCAUCACCAACUACCUCCUUGCCUAACACACCCUCCGAGGAACAGCAGGAGCAAAGGGUCCUUAUGAAGCGCACCUACAAUUUUACAGAUGAAGACUCCAAUGAUAACUAGGUUUUUUUCACAUUUCCUCCACACUGCCCAUUUCCACUUAUGUCUUCACUCCUCUUUUUCUUGCAUCCAACAUUCUCUCCUCCAUCCCAAAUCCCUUGCUUCCUUCAACAAAUCUCAAACACACUAUGCCUUCCUUCCCUCUGUCUGGCUAUAUUCUAAAAUUUUCAAUGCAUUUGUGUUCCCUCAUUUCUAAAUCUAUCUUGAACUUUAGAGAACAUACAUAUUAUUUCUUAAUUUUUAUCAUAAAUAAAUGAUCUAAUGGCUAGGAAAUGAGAUGGUUACGAUUAUGAAAGCUUUAAAACUCAAGUCAAUGACCUCUUCUCUACACAAUAGUCUCAAUAUAAGUUUACCUCUUCCUAGGUGAUCUAAUAAUCUAAUUGCUGUGUAGUGACCACAGGUGUACAAAUGCCCCUGAAAUACUUGGGACCUAACAGUCAUCAUGGUACAAACACCUGAGCCACCAUUCUGUCCUUUAGGGUUUUGUUCCUCAGCUAAGCCCUCAUGUGGGUAAGAUUUAUCCUGUCAUCAGAUCAACAAUCUCUUAUUGUUUCUAUGAAGUAUCCAAGGGGCAUUAUGGCUGACCUAUGUACUAUUUAAAGUUCAAAUCAUCAAAUAAAGCAAGCCACUUUGCAGAGAGCUGCACCCUA